AAGUUUCCGAGAAAUAUUGUUUUUUCCCUUUUUGGUAUGGUUUUAAAUUACUAAAGAAUUUUGCUUGAGAUUUAUCUAUAUGUACAUAUAUAUCAGCUAAGUUUCUUUAUUUUGGAAGGUGAGUUGAUGGUUAGAGAUUAGAUUAUUGAUUGGAGUGAUUACAGGCACAAAAUCAUCAAAUAAUCAGAGUAAUUUAAGUUAGAAGUUCUUACCCAAAAAAAGAAGUUCAAGUUAGAAUUGGUCUUGAUUAACCUACGAUUGACAUCAGUCAGUACUACUAUAAAAUACACUGAUUUUUUGUUUUACUAUAAUUAUAGUUAUUAAUUGAUGUAUUUUAAGGAAUAUUCAUUUAAAGAAAGAUAUCGAAAGAUUUUAAAAAGGUAAAACAAAUGUUAAGAGAUCUUGUUUUGGAUGAUAUAUAUAUAUAUACUUGUCAAAGAAAAAAGAAUACCCCGUACCUAGCAACCACUAUAUAUAUAGAUAUACACAUAAACAUCAUUACACCGUAUCACCUCUAAUUUUACAAAACUUUAAAGUGACUUUGUUUAGUUGUGCAAUAUUGACCAUGGCUAAGUUAUCAUUUUCAUAUUUACUUGUAGUGAUGAUUGUGUUGUCAGCUAUCUUAAUGGUAGAGAGAGCUGAGGGAAAGCGAUGUCGUUUGACGAUUGACAAAUCAAUUCCAUGUGAUCUUGUCGAUUGCCGUUUAAGCUGUUAUGCUGGGUACAAUGGAGUUGGCAAAUGUUUUGACGAUCCUAAAGUUCAUGGUCGUCACAAUUGUGGUUGUUUAUUUAAUUGUGAUUGAGGGGUUUGCUUUAGAUAAAUAUUUGUGGUGAUAUAGUAUAUUUAAAUUAAAUUUACCACACUUUCUUAUUCGAUAUGAGUAGAUUCUAGA